AUUUUACGUGCGGGCUCGUCGCUGUGUGAUGUAGUUUCGACGCCAUCUUUCUCCGAACUGUGGUCCGCGGAAUCGGUUGCACUUUUUCGGCUGGAGGUCGAUUUCGAGCUCGAGACGAGACCGGGCCGACCAGUACAGAGUCCCAGGACGAGACAGUCUGACUCCGUGGUCAUCUUAUAUCGAUGUUAAAUAUGGCAAAUCUGAAAUUUGUUCGGGUUUCUGCUUGAGAUUGUGGUUGGUGAUAUUCUCGCUGAUGUCUGGUGCAGAGAGAAGGUGGAGAAGUUAUUCCGUAUUGACAGUCGCCAAAAUAUACUGUAGCGAGUGAAUGUGAGGACAUUUUAGCACAAGCUAGGAAGCUUGGUAGCAAGUGAGUUUGAAGCUUCUUCACAUGCUUAAAGUGGUCAGCUUAAUGGAAAGCUUCUUCACCUGCUUAAAGUGGUCAGCAUAAUGGCAAGCUGCUUCGCAUGCUUACAGUGUUCAGCAUCAUGACAAGCUUCUUAGAGCUCAGCCGAAGGCAUAGUAUUGUGAGCAUAUAUCCAUAGCCGACCGCAAGGUCUGUAAAUCAGACUUCCUCAGAAGUAAUGGCAGAACAUGACUGUUCGUGUGCAAAGCGUCUGCCAAGCGGAAGGAGAACUGGCGCAUUCGCAGCACAGAUGGCAUUGAACUCGAAGAAGUCGAACUGCAGACUGUCAGCAGGAUCUGCUGUCGAUACUGGACUCGGACUUGAGUCGUUCGUCUGCGUGUUAUAUCAGUAGUUAUCG